GUCAACUGAGAGCCGGGGGGGAGGAAGAAAGAUGGAAGGGAACAGAGACGAAGCAGAAAAAUGUAUAAAUAUAGCAACUAAAGCUCUUGAAGCAGGGGACAAAGACAAGGCGGUGAAAUUCUUAAAUAAAGCAGAGAAGCUCUAUCCAACCUACAAAGCGAAAGGUAAAUCUCUACGUUACCAGAUUUUAGUUCAUUAGCCACGUUAGCUAGCGUAGCUGACGUUUUCUAGCUAGCCCGUUACACAUUAAACAUCGAUUUAAAAUACGAUUUGGCAACUUGCCUUGUAAUGUUGUCACUUGCAGUGCACGGAUAAUACCUAAACGAAUAAAUUAUGAAAUGGUUAACUUAACGUAAUUGACGCUUUAAAAACUGCUCACGGCGAAGGAAGAGUGACGUUUCUUUAAAUUGCUAAUUAGCAUGCUAACAGUAUGUAUACUAGGUCUUUAACUAGUUGACGUUAGCCAUUUCUUAGCCAAUUUUGUUGAUUUGAUAAGGUUGACAUCAUCCACUGUUGAAUGUCUCAAUUGACAAGCUAUGUUUCAUUUUAUAGUUCUGUUUUAGCCCAGUGACGAAUGUGGACUGGCUAUGCUAACUAGCCAACUGGCAAUGCUAUUGCUAACUUGUACAAUUAGCUAGCUAUAAUUUACUAACGUUAGCUAGCCUAGUAUGAGCUAGCUAAAUGUUGGAUUGCCAACAAUUUCAGUUUUGCAUUAUGUGGUCAGUGGAGCCAAGCUCCCAGUCUGGGAUGUUAUCUCCCCUAAUUUAUGGUAUUUUUCUUUCGCAAUAACAAGGUCAACUGACUAAGCAAGUGAUGACUAUGCACCAGUAAGUUAGCCAACUAGGGGUUGUCUCCAGUGUCCUCAUGAGAGAAAUGUAAUUUAAAAUUGGUAUCAAUAUAGGCUUGAUACUAGUUUAGUAAGGGACUUGGCUAGCUAGCCUGCCACAAGCCAUGCCUGGUUGUGGUUGUAUUGAUGCAUGAUGAUGAUUUAACAGCUACCUCAGGCAAUAAUCAAUUGAUCUGCUUAUUGCUCACAGCAGCCGUGAUAUUUUGUAAUUCCUUGCUUUGUCUGUCCUAAAAGUGUUUUUGUCUGUAAUGAAACACUUAUGUUUGUGAGUUAAUCGUGUGCUUGCAAUCGGCUGCUUGCAUUAUGGUCAAUCGUGCAGCCUGCCAGCUACCAAUCAUAUUUCAAAACUUCUAAAAUGAUAUAUAUUUUUGCCAUCUGUGACAGGUAACAUAUCAUGGGUUAUAAACUGAAUAGUAGGCCUAUGUCAAUGCUAGUAUGUCAGGCAGAAGGGUACCUAUUAACCUUGUUAUGAAGGUAGAUGGCAAUUUCCACAGCAGCCAUAUUGUAAUAAAGCCUAAGCUUACCACUUGUCUUAUAAAACAGAACACAUUCUGUUAGCUAAACACUUGGCUAUGUGACAAUUGACAGCAAUGAUUCGCCUGUUAGCCUAACUGUCACAUCAUACAGUUAAACAUGACCAUUUACAUUCACUAGGCAUAUUUAGUUGUACUGAAUACUCAAGGUUUGAUUCAAGAGUGUUUUUUAUAAUGGUCACCGGGGAGAUGACUAUAGUAGCCUAUUUGCCUCACUCAAAUCAAAGUUGAUUUGGGUCACGUGCAUGGGAUACAGCAGGUGUAAACACUACAGUGAAAUGCUGACUUGCAAGCUCUUCCUCACCAAUGCAGUAUUCAAUAUCAAGGAAAGAAAUAGAAAAGUGGCUGUUUCACGCUCUCGGCAGAAGGGUAUUUAUAGGGAAAGGAGUUUGUGGGGAUUCCACUGAGAGCAGAGGAGGUAACAUGGCUCGUGCAGGACAAGGUAAGGAGUUUGUAGGGAUUCCACUGUCGGAGCAGAGGAGUUAACGUGGCUCGUGCAGGACGAGGUUAGUGAGAUGAACAGGCUUGUCCACCUCAAUCCCUUAAUUGAAUGAUUGACCUAGAGCUGAGGGAACAAUGGUAGAGCAUUAGCCAGGGCUAAGCUCAGGCCACGGUAAGGUCUGAUAGGACAGUGGGCCAGGGAAAACCAGAUCGGACAUAUUCCGUUUUUAUAUUUAUUUCAUUAUUUAUUUAAAAACUCAUGUUUCAAGGAAGAAUAUAUGGAUUCAAGAAGAUUGCAUCUUGAUUGAAGAAAAACCACCACCCUCUUCAGUUCAGUAUCAUGCAUUAAUAAAUUUACUUAUUCAACCAUUAAGAUGAGUAUCUUAUCCCGACCUGUCACUAUUCUCCCUCCGCCGUGUCCAUCAAACAUAGUGCUCCGUUACCUGUAUAAGCUUUCACAGGAAUAGCAGCGAUGUAUCGCAGAGGCUUAAGUGCUACCGGAGAGAACAGUGAAACACUGGGCAGUAUACUCAGACUGUUGGUUAGGCUGCUGCUGCAGUGGUCAUGGGAAGACAGACACAGAGAGCUGCUUUGUGUUGGUGGAAAAGCUUAGCACAUUCUCAUUGAGCAACCAGAGCUGGAUAUAUUCGCCGGCGGCUCUCAUGGAAGCAUGACCAGAUCUCCACUACAGCUCGUCUAUGGAAGCCAACUGGAUUCUGGGAACAAUGUAACCUUAGUUUCGGUGUGUGAACCUCUGAUGUACGCUCGCAUGGUAGUCUGACUUUCAAGAGCCUAGUGUUUUGCCAUGUAAGAUUGAGUGCCAGUUUCCCGGAACCAGAUUAAGGCUAGUCCUUGACUAAAAAAACACUUUCGAUUGAGAAUGAGACCGCUUUUUAGUCGAGGACCCGUCUUAAUCUGGUUCUGGGAAAUCGGCCCUGUUAGUUCUCUUCGAAGUGCUUAGCUUUGUCUCUCCUUCUGAAUGUGCCACGUCAUGCCUCGUUCUGUCUCUCUCUCUCUCGCUCUCGCUUUCUCUUCCCUCCUAGCCUUGUUGGACACCUUGACGAGGAACGGCAGCUCUGCGGGGAAUGGCGCGCACUGCAGACAGCGCACUACAGACAGCUCCUCGGAGAGCACCAAGGCCCGGCCUGGUGGGGAGGGCCAGGAGGCCGGAGGGGGCGAGCCCAGCACCAAGGGCUUCACCAAGGACCAGGUGGAGGGAGUGCAGAGGUGAGCAGGAACCUUUUGCUUUCUUUUUUUUUCCCUUGAUCGCUCAGUCCCGUAAUCUGUUUGGGAAUGGCUAUCUGUGUGUAAAAGUCUGUUCCGCUCUCUUGCACUCCUCCCUGACGACCAUAUGGUACGGCAGGCCUGUGUGUCUAGUUGUGUUGCUUCACUCUGGUGCGUUCUCAUGUGGCGAUUAGGGAGGGAGGGCCACUUUCAGCCUGGUUGGGGUUGUUGUGGGUAUCACUUGACCCUGAGUUUUUACAAUCAAUGGGAAUUUAGGAGGCUGACACUGUGACACAUUUGGGUGUUCUUCUUUUUCGUUUGGCUACCUGUUAAGUGAAGAUGAGGAAAUGGUGGAUUGUAAAUUCCCCCACCUCUCCCUCACUGUUGCUUGUGUGUAAAUAGAUCAUAGGUUACAUGAUGACCUGAUGGUGGUUCUUCCCACAACAGGAAAUUGACAAGGAUCCGUCUCACCUCACGUGAGCAUGCUCUCUGAACACACAAAUCAGAUAUAUUUUAGAUGAAACUGAAAGUGUAUCCUACACACCAAAAAUAACUAACCCACUUUCUCAGUGUCAGUCUGUCUCAAUCGAGGGACCAUUAGUCAGUGCUUUAUGCUUGACCUUCUGACAGUAGCUAACCCUUACUAGCCUAAUCCCCUAGUCUUUUUAUCAUGGUAAGACCCUUAUGCCUGGGUUUCUAAAAUCCAUGUCCGCACAAACUCUUUUACUAGCCUGUGGAUCAGAGGUCUAUAACCUUUUUCUAGCAUCAGGGCUACUUUAAAAAAAAAAUCAACAUAUGGCAUGCUUCAACUUAUUUUUGAGCUUUGAAAUAGGCCCAUUCUUCUCCUCUCCCCUGUGACUCUUCCCCGGGUCCUUAGUGUACAAGAGAAAGUAGUGCAGUAUGUUUUCUGUCAAUAUACCUGGUAAAGUAAUUAAGCAAUAAGGCCCAAGGGGGUGUGGUAUGUGGUUAAUAUACCACGGCUAAGGGCUGUUCUUCUGCACGACACAACGUUUACAUUUUAGUCAUUUAGCAGACGCUCUUAUCCAGAGCGACUUACAGUUAGUGAGUGCAUACAUAAAAAAUAAAUCAUAUCACAUCAAAUGGCUACACACUGAGUGAUAAACAAACGUGCGCACCACACAGACAGACACAGGCAAUAUUGCUGGAAAUUAAUUGGCAGACAUUUAAUUAAAACAAAAAAUUAAGCCAAUAGUGGCUAGCCGGGGGUGGGAUAAUGUCAAUAUUGCGUUGGUUAAAUAGUAGCUGGGAGCUUGUGGUGUCUGAUACUUGUGAGAUUUGUUUAUGACAGUUGGCGGUGGAACACGUGAAAAUUGCAUGUACUUUCAGAAUUGUUUGGCGAGCUACUGAUAGGUGGGCUGCGAGCCACUGGUAGCUAGUGAUCGACCUGUUGGAGAUCCCUGCUGGGGAUUAUAUAAAGUCAAGUGAUGUAACCGAUCCAUUGUGUUCAGAUGACCAUCCUGGUUUAAAGAAGUGGUAUUCAAAGUCUGGGUCAGUGGAGUCGCCCAAAACAAACUUUUUUUUGAGGGGGGAACUAACAAUUAAGAGUACAGAUUAUUGUAUGGGAAACGGUUUUCACUCCUCCCUUGUACUUAAUUGAUGAAUUAAGGUCACUGAUUAGUAAGGAACUCCCCUCACCUGGUUGUCUAGGUCUUAAUUGAAAGGAAAAAACCAAAAACCAGCAGACACUAGGCCCUCCAUGGAAUGAGUUUGACACCCCUGGGCUACAUGGUCUACUAUGAUAUAGGUUGAAUGUGAUAGUCUGCCUAUAACCAGCCUAAGUAGGCCUACAACUCCAUUCCUGUUUAGAGAAAUGAAUCAAAUUGGAAAUGAGCUAUUAUCAGGCUGGUUAAUGUGAUGCAUGUCUGUUGAAUUUGGAAAAAUCCACCCGCAUUCGGCCUGCCCCACCCAAUCAGGAGCCGCUACUGCGUUACGGCUGUGGCACACUUUUUACUAAACGGUACGUGCUAAAUAGUAUGUAGUAAGCUAGUAUGGGUCUUUGGACACGGACACUGAUUGUUGUUGGACACUGGGUCAUACCAACCUUGGGGGAGGGGUUCUAGAAUGAUCUCCCCUGAGAGUUCUUGUUUAACACAUCUCUUUCUGUGUCACUGUUGCAUCACUGCUGUCCCCAUAGGCCAGGGAGGUGGCUGGGACUGGGAGCUCCGAGCGAAUGAUGUCUCUGGUGAACAGAAGUGUUUCUAAUAUUGGGCCAAGUGUAGCCUAGGCCUCCACCACCUUCCCCUAGCGAGGUCGUUUGACUGUAGUUAGAUGGUUCUAUUGGGCUCCAUGUUUGUUUGCUCUAACAUCUUUAUGUUGCGUUUAAUUAACCCUGCAGUUGACCUACAGUAGCACUCAUAAUCCCCCAGGCUAGUGUGGUGUACUCAGGCUAAACUUAUCUCUACUGUUCUAUGAGAGAAGGCUGCUGUUGAAACACUUACUCAGCUCAACAUUUUGCAGUUGGGUUUGCAGUGUUUGCUUAGCUAAUGACAGCGGAAGAGUUAUCUGUGUAUUUGUAUGCGAGUCUUUCAUGGCAGAGCUGUUUGGAUGGCUUGUUGUGGUUGGCUUUGCCCCAUUGAUGGUGUGUGUGUGUGGACCGUUAUUCAACUGCUCAAUGAGGACACUGCAGUCUCCGCAGUGUUCUACACACCCAGCUAUCGCUAUGGGAACCUCUGGGACUUGGCAAGGUGCCCAUGAGGCCAGUGAGAGAGGGGAAGGGAGAGGGACUGAGAGAGACAAAAGAGAGCUGUGACACAUCUCGCUAUGGCAACACUCACAUAGUUCUUGGUAGGCCUGACCAACUUCUAGUCCCAUUGUGAAGAGCGUUAGACAGAUAGUAUGUUAGUUUACUAGGAUGCUGUAUUUGUUUAUAUGUUCAGAGGCUAACCUGUGUUUUGGGUUAAAACAGGCCUACAUGCAGCGUAGGGUUUAACCUCAAUUGAAAGGUACACUGAGUGACAUCCGAGAGCAUAUUUUAUUGUUUAUAUAUUUGAUUAUUCUAAUUGAAUGCUAAUGUAACAUGUCUGGCAAGUAUCUCAUGUGGUUAUCCUUGGAGACUGGAGGCAAUCUCUUCUGCAGGUCAUGCAAUCGACUCGGUGUAUUGCGUUUGAACUCUGUUCUGCCACGAGUGUUGAUUUGCCCUCUUGUGGUUUCAAAUGGUGCUCCAGGAGCACAGUUUUCUAAACCCUGGCUGCAGUCCAAACAUGUUAUUUUUACCCCCUCAGCCCUUGCUCUAGCCACUUUCCCUCGGGGGAAUCCCUGUUGAAACCGGAUGCAGUUUGAUUGCCAUCUUAAGGGGAGGUCCAAUUCACUAACGUUGAGCCCUCGAUUUAGCUCGAGGGAGCGAGUGAACAACGUUGGUCUCUUGUGGGGUUGAUAUGACCCACAAUUCAAUGCAAACUGUAGUCACAUGUCAAACUGGUGGCUGCAAAGUGUCAAUUUUUGGCAUGUCAGAAAAAAGUAUGAAGCUAGCUUGCUUAUAUAUAUAUAUAUAUAUAUAUAUAUAUAUAUAUAUAUAUAUAUAUAUAUUGAUUUUAGCAUUGGCAAAUUGGCUUAGUCUCAUAGUGAGGAGCCUAUAAUAAUAAUAUAAUAAUAAUAUGCCAUUUAGCAGACGCUUUUAUCCAAAGCGACUUACAAUCAUGCGUGCAUACAUUUUUUUUGUGUGUAUAAAACGUAGCUAAAUACAUAAACAUAUUUUUUGGAAUUGUGAAAUCUAUUGGAAUAAAUGACCAAACUAUAAAAUAUACGUUAGCUUACUAGGUACAUUUUAAUAGCUUUAGGUUGGUUGUUUUUUAAGCUCAACUUCAAAAUUCCCACCAAGGACGUUGCCUCUCCGAUCAUCACUCGCCCUCGCUUGGGCAAAGGACAUUUAAGGUACACUCGGAUGUGACGAUGUAAAACGUCAUUCAAGGGCUGAGGGUUUGGGGCCGAGGGCGGUCUACUUUGAGAUUGAUACGCAGCCCCAGAGGCGCAACAUCGCGAGACUUCCGGGAACGCUUGCGAAACAGAGCAGAAAUGAAAAUUCUUCCUUAGUUGUUAAUUUUCUCUAAAUCUAAAGGCACAACCUAGAUUUGAGACAAUGUCUUAAGUAGUUGACCAUGUUAUUACUCCAACAUUGUGAAAGUGACAAACUGACACAUUUUCGUCAAAAACAACUUUAUAUCGAAGGAGUGCCUUUGAUUUGACGGCCUGCACAUGCACAGUUCGGCGCGAGGCAACCGUUAGACCCGAUGACGUGUUUCUACACAUGAGCUUAGCUAGCCAACGUCGCCAUGACAUCACCUACAAGUGUGAUCAAGGAUUUCUAUUGGAGAAGCAGUUUCUGCCUAUCUUCUUACUGUACUGUCUUUUGAUUAAACUUUCCAAAUGCUAGUUCUUGAAGCUAAAAAUAUCCAUUAGAGGUUUUUGUCCUGCUCUUGGGCGAAAUUUGAUUUGUGUGCUACAACCCUCAUGAUGAAUCCGAUCCACUGCAUUGUAAUAAACUAGGCCUAUAUCUGUAUGCUACAUGUGUAAUAUAGCCCUGAUGAAUCAGACCCACUGUAACCUCUUAAAGGAUAAAGAUGUGUUAGGACUACUAGCACCAUAGUUUAUUACAAUCUCUCCCUCCAGGAUAAAGCGGUGUAAGGAUUACUAUGAAGUCCUGGGCAUCAGUAAGGAGGCCAAUGAGGAGGAGCUGAAGAAAGCCUACAGGAAACUAGCACUCAAGUUCCACCCAGACAAAAACCAAGCCCCCGGAGCCACAGAGGCCUUCAAAAGUAAGAUGUUUCGCAUGCAUUGUUUUUGUGUUCGGGGCUAAUCACUCAUUUAGCUGUAGUGUAGACUAGAGGUGUUCACGGAUCCACCUGUACCCAAGACCCGAUUCCGGGACCCAGAAUUCUAAAUAAUGUAACAGGUCUGGGUUGGAUCUGAUAUGAUUGACACGGGUCUUGGGUAUGUGUAAUUUUAACUGACUUGUCCGGACGGUACAAAUCCGAAUGCGACUGCUGCAGUAGAGAGAGAGAGGGGGAGAGAAAUUGUAUCAUUUAUGCUGCUCUUGUUUUCACAAGUUUGAUUUGUAGCUUGUUGGCCAAUCAUAAGUCAUCAAAGCGGCAAUGGGCUACAGUCAUAGAGCCUCGCGCUGUGUGUGGCUAAAGUUAGGAGAUAUCUAAUCAAUGGAAUGAUGGAGCUAAAGGAGAAGGAUAGGCUACAAUGACCGAGUACCAACAGGUAGGCAGGCUGCUACUUAAUAUUCUGAAUGGAGUUGUUUGUAACUGUAGGAUCAGAAAGCGCAUGCACUGCAGCCUCAGUUAGCCUAGCUAGCUAACGUUAGCUAGCUUAACUUGCUUCUCCCGGUUUGAUGCAGUCAAGACAGGCACUACGCACUCAUAUUUGAUGAUAAAUAACCUAGCAAUGGCAGCUAUUAGUCUUCUAUAGCGAGUCUGCUUGGUUGGUUGCUGUCUCUCCCUCCCUCUCCCGCCUGCUAGAGCGGCACUGUUCUCUCGCUCGCUCUCUCACGCUUUAUCAGCUCAGGUUAAUAAAGUAGCUUAAAAAAUGACUUUUCUUCUGCUUCCCUCACUGAUCGGACCGGGUCCCCCCCCAGCAUUGUUAGCAGCAUUAAUUUGACCUGCCAUUAAUUUAAUUGGAAUAGAUUGAGGACUGGCAGAGUUUCCAUGUCUGGGUCUCUUUGGGAUUCCCCCGAUGUGAAGUUUGCAGAUCAGUGUAAAAUGGGGCGUCGGAACCGAGCCAAUGUCUGGUGUCCUUUUUCUCUGACUUAGUGUGACACUUAUUGACACGAGUGUGUGUUGUUAUGGUUCUAACAGAGAUCGGCAACGCGUAUGCCGUGCUCAGCAACACGGACAAGAGAAAGCAGUAUGACCUCACGGGAGCAGAGGAGCCUACCAGCCCUGGCCACGCCCACGGCCAAGGGUUUGACUUCCACCGAGGCUUCGAGGCUGACAUCACUCCCGAGGACCUCUUCAACAUGUUCUUCGGAGGAGGAUUCCCCUCUUGUAAGAGACACACAUACACCUGAAGUUAAUUUCAUUACGGGGUUCCAGAGUUUGCCUCCAAUGUUUUAAUAAACAAGUCUUAAUUCAUUACAUUAAUUAAAUACAAUUGUCUUGCUCAAACAUGAACGCUUAUUAAAUUAGUAUUGUAUUGCAAGUCUUAGCAGAGUCACUAACCGGGUACUCCUCUCCACAGCGGCUGCCCACACAUUCACCAACGGCAGGGCACGGUACAGCCAGCAGACGGACCAAAGACGGGAGAGAGCAGAGGAGAGGGGAGAGGUACGUAUGUCUGGCAUCUGCACUGCCAGCUGUAUACUGUGACUGUCAAUAUAAUACCUAGUGAGUCUGGGAUAACUUCAGGUCAGAUUUCCCCAGCAGACCCCCUUCUACAGCUAUGGGAGUCUCGGCAGCAUAUUGCAGGCUCUAAUUUUGUGAAGGACACAACUGUUCCAGUCUUGACUGGGAUGAGCUCUAGUUAAUUCCAGUGUGAUGCAUAGGAAAGCAGGAAAAGUGCAAAGUCACUAACAGGACAGUACAUGUCUUUACAUAUUAAAUAGUAAUAUAUGCCAUUCAGCAGACACUUUUAUCCGAAGCGGCUUAGUCAUGCGUGCAUACAUUUUACAUAUAAGUGGUCCCGGGAAUCAAACUCACUAUCCUGGCGUUGCAAGCGCCAUGCUCCACCAACUGAGCUAGAGGACAAAAUAGUGUGUGUUUACUGAUAUGUUUAAUGAUUUGUAAUGGGUUGUUGUCCAGGGAGGGUUCUCCAUGUUUAUCCAGCUGAUACCCAUCGUUGUACUGAUUCUGGUGUCCAUCCUGAGCCAACUGAUGGUGUCCACACCCCCCUACAGCCUCUACUCCAGACCGUACGUACACACACACACACACACACUAGGGUCGUGUUCAGUUGGCUCACGGUACUUAAAGGUUUUGCAACGGAAAACAAAAAUCUGUGUUCCUAUUGGACACAUCACGCAUUUCGGUGGUACCACUCCUUUUCAAAAUGUUUUCUCCCAGCUGAACACAACACAAACGUUUUAUUCUGGACCACUGCUCCACACACUCAGUGCUGAAAAAUACUGUCAAAUGGUGAUGCAUGCUGUAUGUAACGGACACACCUUUACCUUCAGUAAAGUACUGAAACAUUUCUGGUGUGUGUAUGAUCAUGCCCAUAGCCUCCUCUCUUCACCUGGUAUAAAGAUAUGAUGCAUGAAAAGAGCUGUGGAUCUAGCUGUUCUCAGAACAGCGACAUGUAACCUGACUGAUGCCUGUCCUCUCCAGGUCCACAGGGCAGACGGUGAAACGGCAGACCGAGAACCUGCGUGUAGAUUACUACGUCAACAGAGACUUCAAGUCCGAGUACAAGGGCUCCAAUCUGCAGAAGCUGGAGAAGAACGUGGAGGAGGACUACGUGUCUAAUGUCAGAAACAACUGCUGGAAGGAGAGGCAGACGAGUAAGAGUCUUAUUAGAGUUGGGCGGUGUCCAGAUUUUCAUACCGUUUCUGUACCAUACCGGGGUAUACGGUAUUACCAGACAGAGCAUAUGAGCGGAGUGGAGCGGUGAGAAUCUCAGCUCCUCGCUCACGGAGUUGUUCACCCCUCCGCUCCCCCCGCUCAAAGCCACAUCAGGCCAGUCCGCUCAUUAUCGCUCAGCGCUCAACGCAGUUUUUAUCGCGCUCCACUCAAAUCGCCCCCCGCUCACUCCAAAAAAGGAACAAAAUCUGCAUGUAUUUCACUUUUAGCUUAAACCACAGCCUUACUUUAUCUCCCCGAAUUUGUUGCAUACAGACUCAUCUCGGAUUAUCCAUUCUGUCUUGAAACGGGGAUCUAACACUGACGCUAAAAUGAGAUGUUAAUCAGUAUAGUAUAUUCCAUAGCGAAUUGACACGUUGUUUGCCAAUGUUUCUGCAAAAGCAGCGAUGCCCAUUGGAAGUGCAGCGUGAGUGUAAUUGGUGAGCAGGGAUUUGAUUUAUGUGACAGCAGGGAGGAUCAUCCCCAGGUUCCCCAGCUCCUUCUGCAUUUUGUCUGUGAGGUCUGCUAGUGGUGUCAGCACACGGACAAGGUGCGUCAGCUGCGGUACUUGAUUCAGGGUGAUGUUAGCAACAUUAGACUUUAGUUUGUUUUGCUAUAACGGGUCUUUUUGGAACAACCGGAUGAACGACUGAAUCAUCCGCAGCUGGCUGCUCCAUCGAAUGGUGCAGGCAUUUGUGGGGCGGACACCUAAUUGGUCGGUUUCCUCUGUGCUCUUGCUACACUUUUCACCAGGUGCCCGACUUUCACUAACAGCCUAUUAAUGUUGUCGUGCUCGUUAACGGCGUUUUUGAUCGCCAGCUGAAGCAUGUGAAUGGGGCAUCUCAGAUGUAAAUUUGACAAAGUAAAGUACUGAUUUAUCAUAGUUUCUUGGGGGGGGGGGGGGAUGUAGCCCGGUUGAGCUGCGCUGGCGAAGUGUUGCAUCCCUUCGCGUUCUCCUUUACUCAGCGGUUCAUAGUCCAUGAAAAUCAUUUUUUUAAAUGCUACAUCCAGCUCUCUUUUUCUCUCCCUUGUUAUGGUUGGGCCUUUGCCUGCAGUGAAUAAACUUUUGAAUUCCUCAACGCUUUUCUCUUGUUGCUGCUGCUGCUCCUCGCUCUAUAAAAUACAAAAUUCUUGGACGACACAAAUUAAAUUAAACAGAUGGAUUCUGGGUCAGGCUUGAGCAUGCUUCAGACUCUUGGUGUGAGCGAGCGAAAUUGGAGCGGGACAUAGGGCGACGCGCCAUCCUUUUAAAAAUGCCACUCUGCGCUCUGUUCAAAAUCCGUCCGCUCACGCUCCACGCUCGCUCCCGCUCUACUCCGCUCAUAUGCUCUGUUACCAGAAGUAUUUUUUUUUAUGAUGGGGAGGGUGCAUAAAACAAUUUAGGCAACAGGGAUCUUGAUCCAGGAGGAGAUUGAAUGUCUCUGCUGUAACCAAGAAGCUUUAUCUUGACAUCUAGCCACUUAGCUAGCAAGUUAGCAAACCAAAUGCAUAGCUGGAGCCCUGAGCUUGAUCAUUUAUUUGACACAUCUUAGAUUUUUUUAUAGUUAUACUUAACUUAUAGUUAAAAUCAGUGGUGUAGCACGCACCCUGUCACCCCCCGCAGGGUAUAAUUACAGUGAUGACUUCAAUCAAAUAAGCCCCAUGUGAUGCAAUACAACUACCCCUACAAACACGCAUUCAUUUCAUUCUAUUUUGUGACGAAAGCUUUCCCUCGAAGUAGCUUAGUGUGAUAUGGUUGAUAUUGACUGACUCUUCUCUGUUCAUCUCCCCCUUCUCUCUCAGAAACUGACUUGAUGUACGCUGCUAAGGUCUACAGGGACGACCGCCUGCGUAAGAAGGCUGAGCUGAUGACCAUGGAUAACUGCAGGGAGCUGGACAGACUAAAUGACCUGUUCAGGGGGGGC